AUGGAUCACAAGGCAGUUGCGGAAGAGCAAAUCGUAUUGGAGAGGAUUAGGAGAAAAAUCGAGGAAGUAAAAGCAGCUGGGCAGUCGCAGCUCUCUCCUAUACAAGAACAUAACAGUUUCACCCUUCAAAUAUUCAUGCCCCUUUUGCAUAACAAUGAAUUGCAGCAAGCUUAUUUUAAGUGUGCACACAUUUGUUGGGAAAAGAAGAACGAAUUGAAAGAUGUGACAAAUAACUGUGUUGAGCUCUGCUGUGUUCUCGUUGUCAAUUCUCAACAACGAUUCGAUAGCGAGAUGGCCAAGUUUCAGGUAAAAAUUAAAAGGAUGAACAUGGUAUGUCAAGACAAAUUUGAGGCUGCGAAGCUAGUUAGUAGUACUUAUCAGGAUUGA